GCCAUUAUAUAGAGUGUGUCCUAUAUCAAAAAGCGAGAUAUGUCUGCUCGUGUCACCAUGAUAUUUAAAUAAACAGUUGUGCCUGAAUUCUUUUUCUCUUUGGUAAUUCUAAACGCUUUACUUUCCGAUCUCGCAUUCGCCAUUCGCCAUUAGCACUGACAUGUCCACAAACACAUCCGCCAUUACUACCACCAACACCGGCACUACUACUGCUGCUGCUACUCUUAGCGAAGCAGUUAUUUUUACCUUUAAGUCUGCUGCGCGUCCUAUCUCAAGCCACAUCGACGAGUAUGAAGAGAUACUCGCGCAGCAACCCCAUACCACUGGUGAAUCUUGGAUAUAUCAUUCCACCUAUUACCCUGCUAAAGCAAAGGAGCAAAAAUUGGCACAAGCAGCUGCUGCUCAGGAAAACAGCGAGCCUAUCAACAAAAGAAAUAGGCCAUCGAAAACCAUCAAGACCAUCAGAUACUUUUGCCAUCGUAAAGAUUAUGCAAAACCGCAGCAAGAUGGCGAUCUAGAAGGGCGUAAUUCUGACGUUGACUCGGAUGAUGAUUCUGAUGAAGGGACCGAUGAUAACAUCCGUCGUCGGCCAAUCCAGAAAAAGUCUAAGCAAGUUGGAUGCGGUGCUAAGCUAUCGAUCAAGGUAGACGUUGAAGACCCAACAACUGCGCGAUUCGAGUACAAAGAUACUCGUCGAAUUGCGUAAAGGGUACAACGUCCGUGAAAUCCGCACCCACUUACAACGCACGCUUGGGCAUCUGGAUGCAAACCAACAGGAUUCCUAC